AUGUUGGGGCAUUACACUAGUGCCAAUGGGUUUUAUCUUGUUGGUUUCCCUGGCUCUGAAAAGCUGCCCCACGUCCUUUUUGCUACCUUCUGCUUCUUCUACUUAGUGUCCCUAGUGGGGAACACAGUCAUCACCGUGAUCGCCUGUGUGGAUAAACGCCUGCAAUUCCCCCUGUGUUUCUUUCUGGUUCACCUCUCCGUCCUGGAGAUCCUGCUCACAACCAUUAUUGUUCCCGUGAUGCUUUGGGGGCUGCUGCUCCCCGGCAUGCAGGCAAUAUCUGUGGCUGGAUGUGUGGUACAACUCUUUCUGCAACUUGCCCUGUUGACCACGGAGUUUUCCUUGCUCGGAGCGAUGGCUGUGGACCCUUAUGUGGCUGUCUGCAACCCUUUGAGGUACAACGUCAUCAUGAGCAGCUGCACCUGCAGUGCCGUGGUAAUUGUGUCAUGAUUAUUUGGGUUCCUUUAUCAAAUCUGGCCGGUUUAUGCCACAUUUCACGUUACCUACUGCAAAUCAAAUGUGGUAGAUAAUUUCUUCUGUGACCGAGGGCAGUUGCUCAAAUUACCCUGCGAUAACACUAUUUUCCUAGAGUUUAUCCUCUUUUUAAUGGCUGUUUUUGUUCUCUUUGGUUCUGUAUCUACCAUUGUCUCCUACACCUACAUCAUCUCCGCCACCCUCAAGAUUCCCUCGAGGAAAGCCUUUUCUACCUGCGCCUCCCACUUCACCUGUAUUGUGACUGGCUACCGCUGCUGCUUGUUCCUGUAUGUGAAACCCAAGCAAACGCAGGCAUCUGAUUACAACAGAGUGGUUUCCGUGAUGAUUUCCAUCAUAACUCCAUUCCUCCACCCUUUCAUCUUCACGCUCCGUAAUGACAAAGUCAUCAAAUCAUCUCUGUUCAGAGGCUUUAAGGUGUGA